CGGUACAGUGAAGUUACGCGGCGAUAGUACGCCCAUUGCAAUAACCACAACAACAAAGCAAUUAUGAGAAUUAUCUGACAAAUCUAUUUCCAUUUUAUUUUUUGUUUUUGUUGUUUUAAUCAUUCCUUUGAUUUAAAAUGUCUAGUGUGAGUGCAAGUGCUGAAAACCUUUCGACCGAUGCCCAGAGUUGCGAUGGCGGGUCUAUGUGCCUCGAGCUAGCUCUCGAAGGAGAGCGGCUAUGCAAGGCCGGCGAUUGCCGCGCCGGCGUAGCGUUCUUCCAGGCCGCCAUCCAAGCGGGAACUGAUGACCUCCGCACCCUCAGCGCCAUCUACAGCCAGCUAGGCAACGCUUACUUCUACCUCGGAGACUAUAGUAACGCCAUGCAGUACCAUAAACACGACUUGACACUAGCUAGAACAAUGAAUGACAAACUAGGCGAGGCGAAGGCAUCGGGCAACUUAGGGAAUACGUUAAAAGUGAUGGGCAAAUUUAACGAAGCGAUCCAGUGCUGCAAAAGCCACCUAGCUAUAUCACGGGCUUUGGGAGACCGGCUGAGCGAAGGCAGAGCCCUAUAUAACCUGGGAAAUGUUUACCAUGCCCAGGGUAAACAAUUAGGAAGAGUGGGCCAAAAUGAUCCCGGGCAUUUCCCGCAAGAGGUUCGAGACUGCCUUAUGCAGGCUGUGGCUUACUAUGAAGAGAACCUGGAGCUGAUGCGAAGCCUCGGCGACCGGCAGGCCAUGGGGCGCGCGUGCGGUAACCUCGGCAACACGUGCUACCUGCUCGGAGACUUCGCGCGCGCCAUCCGCUACCACACGGAGCGGCUGCGGAUAGCGCAAGAGGUGCGAGACCGCGCGGCCGAGCGGCGCGCUAACAGCAACCUGGGCAACUCGCACAUCUUCCUGGGCCAGUUCGAGAACGCCGCAGAGCACUACAAACGAACGCUGGCCUUGGCGGAAGAGCUGGGCGACGCAGCAGUGGAAGCCCAGGCGUGCUACUCCCUGGGCAACACGUACACGUUGCUGCGCGAGUACCGCACCGCUGAGGAGUACCACGCCAGGCACCUGUCGGCGGCCAGAAAGCUUCAGGACAGAGUCGGCGAGGGGAGGGCCUGCUGGUCCCUCGGGAACGCGCACGCGGCGCUCGGGAACCACGAGAAAGCGCUCUAUUACGCGAAGGAGCACUACAAUAUCUCGGAACAGUUGGGCGACGUGCACGGUAUGGCCACCGCUCAGAUGAACAUCGGCGACCUGUGCAAGGUGCUGGGUCUGCCGGCGGACGCGCUCCCAGCGCCGCCGGCCGACGCACCCGCCGCACCGCGCACGCCCUUCAACGCGCUGCGCGUGCGCCGACAGAGCAUGGAACAGCUGUCUCUUAUACAGAUAACACCAGACGCAAAGAAAAAGGAGGGAGAAGAGAUACAAGACAGAGAAAUGGUACGCUCGGAGUCCGAAGAGGGAGAGAAUCCUACGGAGAUGUUCAUGAAGCUGGUAGAGCGCUGUCAGUCGUCCCGCAUGGACGAGCAACGAGCCACGCUAGACAAGGAAAACCGGCCGCGGAGCAAGCUGCAGAGGUCUGCCAGCAGCGGCAACAAGAACCCCCCGACGGACAGCAUGCUAGAAAUGCUGAACAUGAUCUCGGACCUGCAGUCCGAUCGCAUGGACUCCCAGCGGGCUGAACUCCGCCCUAUCAAGGUUUCGCCUAAGGAGACCAAGGCGACUUCGCUUCCAGGUCUCCGUCCGCUACAAACGACGUGUACGAGACCGGAAGACGAUUUUCUGGAUAUGAUAGCUCGGGUCCAGGGAUCCACCCGCAUCGACGAUCAGCGUUCGGAGUUGCCGACCCAGACGGCCGAAUUGCAGGUGUCACGUAAUCCACCUGCUGAAGAUUUCUUCAAUAAUCUGAUGCGCGCUCAGUCUGGGCGUAUGGAGGACCAGCGAGCCAGCAUCCCGCUGAAGGAAACCUCCCAGAACAAGGGAACCAAUCCGAAGAUUGGCAAAUAAGGCCCUUUGGCUGAACCACAACCCGCUUUCUGGCUUUGUAGAUGUUUUUAUUUUAAGAUCCUCUUCAGUGUCGGUAUAACAUUUUAAUCACUCGAGCAGUCUAACCAGUUGUUUAAAAAAAACAAAAGGAUUAUUUUUUAAUUUAAAUUAUUAAUUAAAUCUGUUUCAAAUGAUUUUCUGAUAUUUGGAUACAUACUUAUUUAAUUCUGUUAAAAAAAAACUGAAAGCUAACCUAAAUGUAAAGUCCUAAAUAUAUUGCUGUCCCUUUCUAUGCUUGCGGAUAAGAAGAUAAAGGAUAUGCGCGGUAUUUUUAACACAUGUCAAUUGAGUUUAGCUUCGAGAUUGAGCACCAAAGACUAUAGAAACAAAUAUUCAGGAUACUAAAAUAAACAAUCAAACUAAAUUACGCUAUUUCGCCGACUUCGAGGUUCUAUGUACAGUAUUAUUGUGUGUUAUAACUUGACUGAUUCUGGAGAUGUUUUAUUGUUUGACCCCUUUCAACAACACCAGAGAUGGUCCCAUGUCACUCGCUUCAGGUGUUGUAAUUUGAAAGUCAUAGAAGUCGGCUAAAUAAUUUUAUUAACUUUGUUUAUUAGUUUAAUUUCAAAACAACAACAUUCCAGAGACAUAUUUUUUAAUAAAUUGAUUCAAAUGCUAUAACAUUACUCCCAAAGCAGUGAAACGUUCCGCGUUUGAUGUUGUUCACAUCAAAUUACAACACUAUAUCGCAUUCCAAUUUAUUUAAAAAUAUUAUAAAAAAAAGUUCAAGUUACUAAAUUCACUUCAUUGAAAUAUUACUUAAUAUAUUAUGGUAUAUUCGAAAUUAUUUUUAAAUGGAAAUUCAAUAAUUGUAUUAACAUAUCGGUAAAUUAUAUUUAUGACGAUUACUUUUUAAUUUUUCCAAAAAAAUCAAUCGUAAGAAAACCGAAACGACGGAACUAUUCACUGCUUGUACCACAUUAAAACUCUUAAUUGCACAUGAUUCUUGCGGCAGUGUGCAAACAUCUCACUUUCAUUUUAUAUGAAAAUUUAAACGAAGUUGCUAAUAAUAUUUUCUGUAGCUAUAAUAUUUUACUGACAACUUUAAUUGCAAUCUGUCGCUACUUUGCCGUAUCUAACAAGAAUAUAACAUCUACAUGUAAGAACACCGAUUACAUUAUGUCUAAAUAAGUUCCAGAUAAAUUCCCACUCCACUAGUUGAAUGCAAUCCAUUGUGCUGUUGUAUUAUUUAACUUAUGAUUUUUAAGGGAUUUUAUAUUUUGUGUAUUUAGAAUUACUUCUUUAUAUUUAUGCUUUGAUUUACAUAUUAUUUUAAUUUUUAAAAACUUAUUUACUGAAUAACUAGUGUUACAUUACUAUAACGGAAUUUUGGACACAUAAAACAAGGUUUUCAUAAUUAACUAUGGAGUCUUAAUUAAGUAUGGUAAGUUAGGUUUAAAAUAACACAAGAAUUGGUAUAUUAUGAAACUAACAGUUAGGCUAACAGUAAACAUAUUCGGUUAAAAACCUGAAGCAAUCAAAAUCUCAUGAUUCCGUAUUGGAUGAGUUUAUGAAUGUUGUUUCAUAUGAUGUUUCAUAGCAUAUUUUGUAGGCGAAACUCGACGUAAAUUUUAAUUAAACUAAUACGUAAAUGAGAAAAAAUGGUUGGAAGGAUUAUUUUCUUUCGGCAUAAAAAUACCCAAAUAUUAUAAAUAAAUCUGUUUAUUUAAAAAAAAAACUUCGAACCAUUUAUAUAUUAUGAAAAUAUAAAAUAAGUCACAGUACCAAAAUUCAAAUGGAUAAGCGCACACAAAACUAUUAAAUGAGAGUUAAACUACUCUCACGUGGUAUAGUUAUCAGUAAGUUGACCGUCCUGAUACGUCCUGUCAUUUUGUUUCCAUUUAGUCAGAAAACGAAUAUGCUAUACAUACAUAAUUAGCACUACUGUUUGAACUUUUAUUCACGCCCCUGUGGGUGCUGAGACGCUGCGAAGAUGUAGACACUUUUGUGUCUAGAUUCGAUUUAGGCACUAUCAAUAUGUACGAAACCACUAUCUGCGCAUAUGUAAAUACUUUUGGUGUCUAGUUGCUUCCACCUGCAAAUAAAAAUGUGUUCUGUAACAAAGUUAAUUGGUCGAUAGGUGAACGCUGGGCGACGCCGAUUAACUUUUAACUUAUCGACAAUACAAUAAUUAUGUAUUUGUUUGCGUUUUCCCCCGAAUACGUAUUCUAUCGACUAUUGAAAUUGCGCCCUAAAGUUAAGACAGUUAGAAAUUUGGCUGAUUUCGGACAUUGAUAUUUUAAAUAUAUGUAUAUUAGUUUUUAAAAAAGUUGAAUUUACAGUAUGGAGUUAGAGGCCUGAAAUUAGUUCCGUACAUUAGUUAUAAGCUAGUUAUUUAUUUCACGACUCCGAUUUAGAUUUGCGCGUUGCGGGAUUUUAAAAGACAUACCCAACUUGAAUUGACAGAGAAAAUUGAAAACCUUAUGUCUGUACCCAACUCCUAUUUGCAAAGUUGUCCGUUCCUACACUAUAUUGACCGAGAAGGAGAGAUGAGAGUUUAAAAAUCUUGUACAUCUCCCAACUUUUCCUCUAUUACGACGGACGCAAAUUGACAUAAAACCGUUAUUCUAAUAUAUUACUAUCGCGAUCUCAGAUCGGAAUAUAGCAAGUCUAAAUCAUUGUCGUGAAAUAUUCAGUAUUACAGUCGUAUAAACGUUUUCGUCGAUGCAGAGUGCAUACACUUCCACGUAAGCAAUAUGAACUUUGAUGAGUCGAUCGCAUAUCCAAAGCUGGUCAUACGCAGAAGUAUAUAUUGUUUAUGGAAAUACAAUAAUAUUUUUACAAAAUAUAAAUGUUUCAAACAAUAGGCCUAAACCAACAAACCCCAAUGCGGCCUGCAUCCGUAAACAUGUCUAAGAAAAUGCCCGCAAGUGUGUACAAAGUAAGGCCUAGAAGUUUUUCAGAGGAACUUAAAAACUAACGCACAAACAUACAGAUACAACUUCCAAACGCACAAGUGUCGGUCGUGGGAAAAAAUGGAUAACAUUAAAAUACUAUGCCAAACGUACCUAAUACAACUUUGUUAUUAGUAUGGAUUUUUUGGGAAUCUCACAGCGCAGACUUUGGCAGAUUGGCCCUAUGACAUCAAAAACCGUUUGUUCGAGGUGACGUCAAACUCGGCAAUGCUUGUGACAAGAGCCGUCAAAUUUGCGAUCAGAAACGCAUUACGCGUGUAAGUAGGUUCUCAAAUAUGCGAUUCCCAUUGAAACCACCUAUCCGUUCAUAACGUUCGAUGCCACGAAUUUAAAACAUUAUGAGCGAGUAAUUUAAAAUACAGAACGACCACUUUAUGGAGGUUAAACAAACAAAUUGUAUAUUAUGGAAUUUCGCACUAAAUCAUUGAGGCCGAAUUAAAACGUUUUAUAUGAGUACAUUUUAUAUUAUAUACCUACUAAAUAAUGGGAUGGAGUGUGAGCGGAUAGUUUUAAUUGUAAUAAGCAAGUUGCUACUGGAAUUUUUAUCUGUAUUGUAUUAUUUGACUUAUUUUGUUCAUGGGAUGAUUUUAAACCUAUUUGACCUUGUCACCUCACGUUAUUCAAACAAAAGUUAUGUGAUCACUUCACUGGCAUAUAAUAAUUCAUAAAAAACUUUUAAAUGUAAUGAGUAAUGAUGUAAGGGAAUAUAAUUUUAACUUUAAGAUAUUAUACUUUAUGCACAAAUAAAAUUAAGCAAAAAUCACAAAUAUAUUUCCGCCACUGCUAUUUUAUUAAUUUAUAUGUAUAAUUAUAAAACUAAUUGAAUAUUAUUUUUUACUAUUUCGACCAGUAUUUAGAGUAACUACUUACAGUUUUAUAAUUGGCAACACUGUCGAAAACCAAAGCUUUUAGUUUGUAAUUGUUUCGCAAUGUUUCAUCAAUUACGUGUACACAACGUAGGGCAAAUAUAAAUGCCAAACCUAUUAAAUUAUUUUU